AUGGCGACGUUCAGUUCCGCUUCGGCGAUCGUCGGGGGAACCGUGACCGGGCACUAUGUAUACCAAGUCGACUGCUAUUCGCGCAACAAGGAGCUUCCCAAUGGCAGGUGCGUCCAGUCCCCCACUUUCACGGUGGCCGGUUGUUCCCGGUGCAUCAAUCAGCUACUACCCCAAUGGGCUCGGUUCCUCUACGCCGACUACAUCUCAGUAUUCCUUAUCCUCGCGGACAGUAUCGCCGAACCUAUCAAGGUACGACCAAGGUACGGCUUCAGUGAUUUCAUCCUGAGGGAGUUCUUGGAGGCGUCGGAUCAUCUCGUCGACGACUACUUCAGGAUAAGCUGCGACGUCUCCAUUUUUUAUACGAUCUACAUAGAGGACAGGCCGGCGCCUCUGUCUGGCUUGCGACGUGAUCAUGGGGACCUCCUCGUUGCCAAAGAGGGAACCGACGUCACGAUCCGAGUCGGUGGUGAAGAGUUCAGUGCACACAGGUACAGCAUGCAGAGGCUGAAGCUGAUUUGGGAGGAGAAAUUGAGUAGAGAUAUAAACGAGGACACGGUUGCAAAAAUGUUGAGCUUGGCUGUACAGCACCAUUGCCAGAUGCUCAGAGAGGCUUGCAUUGAGUUCCUUCAAGAUUAUCCUGCACUGGAAGCCAUCAUGGUAGCUGACACUACCGGAAAUCGCUAG